AGAACUAGUUUCACUUUUACCCAAUUCAACGCCAAGAUUUCGGACUACAAACAAGUAAAACUAAAAUGCCGGCCAUCGACACAAAAACAACCAAAUCCGAUGUUUUUACCGUGAAAAACGCGUUGGAUGCGGAAUUCGACAAUUUUUGGAAAACGGUUAGCUGUUUUGCGGCCAACAACUUUCCGUUCGAGGAGCGAUGUGAGUUCGUACAGAAAGCGGAGGACUGCAAUUCGAGCACAAAUGUAAUUCCAUACAUGAGACUCUUGGCCUGCGAUCUGAAGUGUAUCAAUCAGUUCCAGGAAAUGAUCUUCAUCGCCUUGUUCGUGGCGUUUUGCUUUCAGAUAUUGGUUCUACUAAUUUACACAAUCAAUGUUUACUAUAGUCCUGCUCUGAAGGCCGUAUCCCGAUUCCUUCAUAUGAACGAGCAUUUGGCGGGAGUUACCCUGAUGGCAUUUGGAAACACUUCUGCCGAUUUUUUCGCCAACUUGGCCAGCGUUGAACGACAUGUCCCUGUGUUUGCCAAUAACUUGUCGUCAGCCCUGUUUGUGAUUACGAUUUCCGGUGGCCUAAUAUUCUACAUUUCGCCCUUCAAGAUGAAUUCCUACGAAACUGUCCGGGACAUUUUAUUUCUUCUCUUAGCGACUUUAUUGAUGGAUUACUUUGCAUACACGACAAACCAUUUCGCAUUGGGCUAUGAAUUUAAAUUUUUCAGUAAGCAUAAUAGCCCAAGUCGAUUUUCUCUUUUUCGCAAAAAUGUAAUGGCACUGACUUAAAAUUUAGUUGUACUCUUGGUUUACAUUAGCUACAUCAUUAUCAACGUGGCAGAUGUGUACUUAUUGCAAAAGACCAUAGCCUCAACGCGUACCAAAAUGCAAAAACUUCUGGAUGAGAAGCAAACACCUGAAAUAGCAUUGAAACUCCAAGACCUUGAGAGAAAGCUCGAGUAUUAUUCACAGGAUACGAGGGUGGAGAUUUUGGAAAAAAGCAGUAGUAUCUCGAUAACCAGAAUACGCUACACCACAAUGAGAAUGAUUCGAAAUCCCCGUGUUAGCGUUAAUCGACGCUACACCCGAAAUAUGAAACUGGAUUAUACGCAAUCGAAGAACCAAGGGAUCUUCAGGGAUUUCUUCCUUGCACUCAGGCCCAUUAAGUGCCAGGCUUGGAAGCAGGCAGAACUUCUUAACCGGGUUCUACUGUUGAUCAGGGCUCCGGCCGUCGUCAUCUGCACACUCUAUAUUCCCCUGGUGGACUACGAAAUGGAGAAACAUGGCUGGAACAAGCUACUGAACGCCAUCAAUGUAGUAGUCAAUCCUGCACUAUCAAUAUCGAUCUUUUUGUCUUUCAUGCAUAGGAAAGGAAAUUUUCUAUGGUAUAUAAGCCUGCAGAACACACUGAUUUAUGGAGCCUCUUCCUUCGUGCUCACUGUGCCAUUUGCCGUAUUCAUUCUUUUUCAUGCACGGACUGAUGUGCCACCAUCUUAUCACUGGGUGUUUACCAUAAUGAAUCUAACAGGAUCGAUGUUCUUAAUCUUUCUCUGCGCCACGGAAAUCGAUACAGUACUGGAGGUGAUUGGAAACAUAUUGUCCAUAGAUGACAACUACAUGGGCGCCACUGUGAAGGCAUUUACUGGGAAUUUGGGCACUCUUUUCGCGAACACCGCUGUGGCCAUACAUGGCUAUCCAAAAAUGGCUUUUGCAUCCGCCAUUGGAGGAUCUUUUUUCACUAUCGUUGUAACUGGGAACACUGUGGCCUACGUAAGAAGUUUGGUGGGCAAUCGCUCUGAACACCACAUGGAAGAAUAUGGUGAAAUCGCCUUCAUAUUUCUUAACAUGGCACUCUUUACCAUUUUGCUCUGGUCCACAACGUUGGGAUUUUUCGCUCGUCGUUCAAUGGGCUUGUAUUCGAUUGGGCUAUACGUUGUCUACUUGUUGUUCGUCACUCUGGUACAUGAGGAAGUCAUUCAUUCGUUUAGUGAUGACAUUCAGGUAAAAUCAGCAUUUGGUGAUAUUUAGGUGGUAAAGUGUAAGUGUGAGCUAUUGAAAAGCUUGAAAUUCAGGAAUGUUACAUUUUAUACAUUUAUACUUUUGUACUUAACAAAAAUGAAAAAAAUAUAUUUGAAAAAAUAC